CUUUAGUAGUCUUAAAGUAGUGUUUCAGACUCUACUGACUCUUAAUUUAGAUCUAGACAUAAAUAUAUAGAUUCUAGAGCUAACUGCGUUUAUAAAGCUUGAAACUAUUGAGAGAGUAAAAAUGGCAAAUUUCAAACCAAUUAGAAAUCCAGAGAUAAAGUAUACACAGUUAUUCAUAAACAAUGAAUUCGUCAACUCUGUUAGCGGUAAAACAUUUCCUGUUUUCAACCCGGCUACUGGUCAGAAAAUUGCUGACAUUCAAGAGGCUGACAAGGAAGAUGUUGAUAAAGCAGUUAAAGCAGCUGCUGAUGCUUUUGCCCUUGGCUCAAAAUAUCGUACUCUUGAUGCAAGUGUCAGAGGACAAUUGUUGAAUAAAGUUGCUGACCUGAUAGAAAGAGAUGUCAACUAUAUUGCUAGCCUUGAAACAUUGGACAAUGGCAAAGCCUUUUCAUUAGGGGGCUCCAUAGGAGAUGUGUAUUUCUCUGUCAAUGUGUUCAGAUACUAUGCUGGUUGGGCUGAUAAAAUCUGUGGAAAAACAUUACCAGCAGAUGGAAAAUAUUUUGCUUAUACUCGACAUGAACCUGUUGGCAUCUGUGGUCAAAUAAUUCCAUGGAACUAUCCUUUAGUUAUGGCUGCCUGGAAAAUUGCACCUGCUGUAGCUGCUGGCAAUGUUGUGGUUUUAAAACCAGCUGAACAGACACCACUGACAGCAUUGUACCUGGCAUCACUCAUUAAAGAGGCUGGAUUCCCUCCUGGUGUAGUUAAUAUUGUCCCAGGCUAUGGUCCUACCGCUGGAGCAGCUAUAUCUAAUCAUCCUGAUAUCAAUAAAGUGGCUUUUACUGGAUCAACUGAGAUUGGUCAAAUAAUUCUUCAAGCUGCUGGAUCCUCCAAUAUUAAAAGAACAACUCUUGAAUUAGGGGGAAAGAGUCCUUGUGUUAUCUUUGAUGAUGUGGAUGUGGAUGAAGCAGUCAAGGAAGCUCAAGAAGCUUGUAUGACUAAUAUGGGUCAGUGCUGCGUUGCUGGCACAAGGACAUUUGUCCAUGAAAGUAUUUAUGAUGAGUUUGUGUCUAAAAGCAAAGAGCUGGCUAAAGCCAGAACUAUUGGGGAUCCUUUUGAACCAACUACUGUAAAUGGACCACAGAUUGAUGCAGAACAGCUGAAUAAAAUUCUAGAUUUGAUUGAAAGUGGUAAAAAAGAAGGUGCAACAGUUGAAUUUGGUGGUGAAAGACAUGGGGAUCAAGGCUUUUAUGUCACACCAACUGUCUUUUCAAAUGUCACUGAUGAAAUGAGAAUUGCCAAAGAAGAGAUAUUUGGACCAGUGCAACAAAUUUUGAAAUUUAAAGAUAUGGAUGAAGUGAUCAAACGUUGUAACAAUACUACCUAUGGUCUAGGUGCGGCAGUUUUUACUAAGGAUAUCAACAAGGCUUUAACAUUUGCUCAUAGUGUGCAAGCUGGAACAGUUUGGAUCAAUUCUUAUAACCAUGUGGCUCCUCAAGUUCCAUUUGGAGGCUUCAAAAAGUCUGGCCUUGGGAGAGAAUUGGGUGACUAUGGUCUGCAGAACUAUGUUGAAGUCAAAUCAGUCUUUGUGAAAGUUACUGAGAAGAAUUCCUAAGGGAAAGUGUCAUCUCAAGACAAUCAUUAAAUUGUUUUUACUGAACAUUUUUUUAGUGUCUAAGAUAUGCCAUUAGAGCCACUGCCAUUGAAGAUAUUUGAAGAGAAUAUUUUAUAUGGACAGUAUCAUAAUAACUUGAGUUUACUAUUAUUUGUAGAGUUAAAAACCUUAUCUUAACUUUUUUUUUUCUCGAAACUUUACCAGACCCUGUGUGUGCUUACUAGUAAAUAAAAAAAACAAUUUUGGGGUUGGUCCUUAUUUUUUGUAGACCUAAAAAAUAUGUUGUAAUUUAAUGUGGGAAAGAAUUUUGCCAAAAGAAAUUUAAAAUCGUGUGAAAAAACAAAUUUGUUAUAUUAUUUUACUCUGCCAGUAAUAUGCCAUUAAAGCCAAAAUAUUUUUUUUAUCAACAGUAUUAUAAUAAAUUGUAUAACAGAUAUACCUUUGACUUUUAUUGGUGAUAUUGAUAAAGGUUCACAUUGUUUUAUGAAACCUUUUAUUCUACUAACCUGUGUAAGCCAAAAAAAAUAUAUCUUUUACUAACGUUAUAUAUUGUAUAUAUUAAUAAUAAGAAACUGUUACUAGUCUAUUUUACUUAAAAUCAAUCAGUAUUAAUUUGUUUCAAUAGAACCUUGAUUCUGACACCAAAGUACUUGAUUCCAGAAUGGCUAGAAUUUUAACAUUUUAACAAGUUUGUUGAACAGUUUGUACUUGAACUCCUUGUGUAUGGUUUUAUUUGUUUAUUUGUGUACGCAUUGUUUUAAUUUUAUCUCAAUAACCAGGAAGUCUAUUUUUGUGUGUUUUGUCAAAGGAAGGGUUUAGCAGAGAGGAUAAACACAAUGCAUUGCAUACAUGAAAUAUUGAGCUUACCCUCACAUAGACUCACAAAGUCAUUUGAUUGGUUAACCAUUGCAUUUAACCCUUUAAUAUGUUGAAUUAUUUGGAUUGUGUUCAAAUUGUUGGUCGAUUUAUAAGCAACAGAGUUAUUUGUGAUUAUUUUCAAAUUAUUUUUAUUGUCACAAAUCUUUUUUUUUUUACAUUUUGAUUAUGAAGGAAUGGAAGUAAUAUAGAUUCAUUAUUUACUUUAGAUGUGAUUUUUAAGUCAAUUGAUCCAUAGAACAGAUGAUACAAUCUGGUUCUAUGGCUUACAUUUACAGUACAAAUGAUCAGUUGCUUUCAUUUUUUUCCCAAUAAAUAUAAAUAUUUAAGCCAAA